AUGAAUAUUAUAUAUACCUGGGUGCCAGACCAGGCCUGUAUAGAGACCUUACUUAGUCAGACUGUAGGGCUGGACCAGGCCUGUAAAGACUCCUUACUUAGUCAGAAGUCAGACUGUAGUGCCAGACCAGGCUUGUAUAUAGACACCUUACUUAGUCAGGCUGUAGGGCCAGACCAGGCCUGUAAAGACUCCUUACUUAGUCAGACUGUAGGACAAGACCAGGCCUGUAUAGACACCUUCCUUAGUCAGACUGUAGGACCAGACCAGGCUUGUAUAGACACAUUACUUAGUGAGACUGUAGGACCAGACCAGGCCUGUAUAGCCCCCUUACUUAGUCAGACUGUAGAGAAAGACCAGGCCUGUAUAGACACCUUCCUUAGUCAGACUGUAGGACCAGACCAGGCCUGUAUAGCCUCCUUGCUUAGUCAGACUGUAGGACCAGCCCAGGCCUGUAUAGACAACUUACUUAGUCAGCCUGUAGGGCUGGACCAGGCCUGUAAAGACACCUUACUUAGUCAGACUUUAGGGCCAGACCAGGCCUGUAAAGACUCCUUACUUAGUCAGAAGUCAGACUACACCUUACUUAGUCAGACUGUAGUGCCAGACCAGGCUUGUAUAGACUCCUUACUAAGCAAGAUUGUAGGGCUGGACCAGGCCUUUAUAGACUCCUUACUUAAUGAGACUGUAGGACCAGACCAGGCCUGUAUAGACUCCUUACUUAGUCAGACUGUAGGCCCAGACCAGGCCUGUAUAGACUCCUUACUUAGUCAGACUGUAGGACCAUACCAGGCCUGUAUAGACUCCUUACUUAGUCAGACUGUAGGACCAGCCCAGGCCUGUAUAGACUCCUUGCUUAGUCAGACUGUAGGACCAGACCAGGCCUGUAUAGGCUCCUUACUUAGUCAGACUGUAGGACCAGACCAGGCCUGUAUAGGCUCCUUACUUAGUCAGACUGUAGGACCAGACCAGGCCUGUAUAGAGACCAUACUUAGUGAGACUGUAGGGCUGGACCAGGCCUGUAUAGACACCUUACUAAGUCAGACUGCAGGGCCAGCCCAGGCUUGUAUAGACACCUUACAUAGUCAGACUGUAGGGCUGGACCAGGCCUGUAAAGCCCCCUUCCUUAGUCAGACUGUAGGCCCAGACCAGGCCUGUAUAGACUCCUUACUUAGUCAGACUGUAGUGCCAGACCAGGCUUGGCCAGCCCAGGCUUGUAUAGACACCUUACAUAGUCAGACUGUAGGGCUGGACCAGGCCUGUAUAGACACCUUACUUAGUCAGACUCUAGGACCAGACCAGGCCUGUAUAGAGACCUUACUUAGUGAGUCUGUAGGGCUGGACCAGGCCUGUAUAGACACCUUACUUAGUCAGACUCUAGGACCAGACCAGGCCUGUAUAGAGACCUUACUUAGUGAGACUGUAGGGCUGGACCAGGCCUGUAUAGACACCUUACUAAGUCAGACUGUAGGGCCAGCCAAGGCCUGUAUAGACUCCUUACUUAGUCAGACUGUAGGGCCGGACCAGACUGUAGGGCAAGACCAGGCCUGUAUAGACACCUUACUUAGUCAGACUGUAGUGCCAGACCAGGCUUGUAUAGACACCUUACUUAGUGAGACUGUAGGACCAGACCAGGCAUAUAUAGACACCUUACUUAGUCAGACUGUAGUGCCAGACCAGGCUUGUAUAGACACCUUACUUAGUCAGACUGUAGGGCUGGACCAGGUCUGUAUAGACACCUUACUAAGUCAGACUGCAGGGCCAGACCAGGCUUGUAUAGACACCUUACAUAGUCAGACUGUAGGGCUGGACCAGGCCUGUAAAGACUCCUUACUUAGUCAGACUGUAGGACCAGACCAGGCCUGUAUAGACUCCUUACUUAGUCAGACUGUAGGGCCAGACCAGGCUUGUAUAGACACCUUACUUAGUCAGACUGUAGGGCCGGACCAGGUCUGUAUAGACACCUUACUAAGUCAGACUGUAGGGCUGGACCAGGUCUGUAUAGGCACCUUACUAAGUCAGACUGCAGGGCCAGACCAGGCCUGUAUAGACACCUUACUUAGUGAGACUGUAGGGCUGGACCAGGCCUGUAUAGACACCUUACUUAGCAAGAUUGUAGACACCUUACUUAGUCAGACUGUAGGGCCAGACCAGGCUUGUAUAGACACCUUACUUAGUCAGACUGUAGGGCCAGACCAGGCUUGUAUAGACACCUUACUUAGUCAGACUGUAGGGCUAGACCAGGCCUGUAUAGACACCUUACUUAGUCAGACUGUAGGACCAGACCAGGCCUGUAUAGACUCCUUACUUAGUCAGACUGUAGGACCAGACCAGGCCUGUAUAGACACCUUACUUAGCAAGAUUGUAGACACCUUACUUAGUCAGACUGUAGGGCCAGACCAGGCCUGUAUAGACACCUUACUUAGUGAGACUGUAGGGCUGGACCAGGCCUGUAUAGACACCUUACUUAGCAAGAUUGUAGGGCUAACGACAACAGGUUGUCAUACACGGGAUGGGUUUAAUAAGUGA